CAUUAUUCCCUUGUUGUGCCAAUUCGUUCAACCUUCUUGCUGCAAAUCAUUCGCGAUUGCUUGCGUCUUAAUAUAAUUUGGACAGAGCGAUUCUUUUUGUAUGUUCGUUAUAGAAUCACAAAUGAUGCACGUGAAGACGAAAUGGACGAGAAUAUUCAACAAGUUUCAACGAUGGUCGGUAAUCUGAGAAACAUGGCCAUUGAUAUGAGCACAGAAGUGAGUAAUCAAAAUCGACAGUUGGAUCGUAUUCAGGAGAAGACACAAUCGAAUGAAGUGAGAGUGGAAUCUGCGAAUAAACGUGCAAAUAAAUUGAUCACUAAAUGA